AUGUCAUUUCAAGAGAUACCUAUUCUAGAUUUACAAGAAGCUUUCAAUCCAGAGACUAAACCAAAAUUUUUACAACAAUUACGUAAUGCAACUAUAAAUGUGGGAUUUUUGUUAUUAAAGAAUUUUGAAUCAGUAGGUCCAACUACUGAAGAACUUACAAAUAUCAAAAAUGAAGCAGAAGAAUUUUUCAAUUUACCAGAUGAUGUAAAAUUAGAUAUUGAAAUGGUUAAUUCAAAACAUUUUCUAGGUUAUUCAAGAAUUGCUAAUGAAAUCACAGCUUCAAAAGUAGAUUGGAGAGAACAAAUUGAUUUAGGUACUGAAUUACCACCACCAUCUCCAACUGAACCAAUAUACAAGAAUAUCGAGGGACCAAAUCAAUGGCCUGAUUCUGAAAAAAUUCCAAAUUUUAGACCCGUAGUAGAAAAUCACAUACACAAGAUGACGCAAUUAAGUACAAUAUUCAGAUAUUUGGUUCUUGAAGCUAUAGGAUUACAAAAGGAUGCAUUAAAUGCAUAUUUUAAACCUAAUCAACAAUGUAAAAUGAAAUUAAUUGCUUAUCCAGAUCAAUCAGAAUUACAAAACUCAAAAUCAUUAGCUCUUAAUGAUGAUACACCUGCUUCAAAUCAAGGUUGUGGUCCUCAUAGAGAUUCAGAUUUAAUUACAUAUAUAUAUCAAGCUACUCCACAUACUGAUUCAUUACAAGUUCAAAACUUUCAAGGUCAAUGGAUAACAGUUCCUAAUUUACCAGGUCAUUUAGUCAUAAAUAAUGGACAAACUUUAGAAGCAAUAACUCAAGGUGUAUGUAAAGCUACUAUUCAUAGAGUACUUAUACCAAAAUCAGGUACUGGUACAAGAAUUUCCAUACCAUUUUUUCAAACUAUAGAUUUAGAUUGCUCAAAAAGUGCUAUACAAAAUAUUCCUGAUGAUGUGAUAAAACAAAAAGAAAUAAGAGAUCAAAAAAUUAAAGAUUGGGCUGUUGAUGUUGGAUUCCAAUUUAAACCUGAUAUUAACAAGGAACCUGUUGGUUAUGCUGUUUUUAGAAAUAGAAUUAAAUCUCAUCAAGAUGUUGCUAAAAAAUGGUAUCCUAAAAUCUUGGAGCAAGUUUUAACUGAAUAUACUUACUAA